GAUAAGUAAGAUGUCACAGAAUCCUACGCACUAUGUGUGCGAUUACUGCAGCCGAACAUUCACUCGUAAAUACAAUUUGCAAACACACAUUGAGAACUAUCACAUGAAUUCAUCAUGUUAUUGUGAAAUCUGCGACCAGAGAUUCGGGAGUCCUGCUGGCUUACAACUACAUCUGUCACGAGGACACAACAGAUUUGGUCAAGCAUUUCCAGAAUGCGAUAUCUGCGGACGUAUCUUUACAAGAAAGCAAAAUAUAACAUCACAUAUGAUUACAGUUCAUUUACAAAGCGGACGACCAGAUAUCAGAUGUCACUUGUGCGAAAAGACGUUCACGACAGAAAGAAAUUUGAAGCGACACAAAAAUCAAUUACACAACCCUAAUGCAGAAUAUCCCAUAUGUGAUAUGUGUAAGAAGGUAUUUAAAAGUAAAUCAGCAUUAAUAACUCAUAUAGUAUCAACACAUCAGCACGUUGAUAAAGAUUCACUCAAAUGUCAAUUGUGCAGUAAAGUUUAUACAAAUAAUAGAAAUUUGAAAAGACAUGUUGAAAUGUUUCACGGUGAAAGAGGUGAAUUUAAAUGUCCAAUUUGUCCUAAAGUGUACACGUCUAAUCAAAGUUUGAGACGUCAUAAUAAAACAAUGCACAAUCCAGAUUCCAUUCAGUUUAAUUGUCAAAUUUGCUGUAAAGAAAUAUACGGGAAGGAGAACAUAGAUGAACAUGUAAUUUUAUGUACUCAAAAUGAUGUUCCUGAAUGCAAAGAAACAGAAAUCACAUCGGAACCAAUGUAUAACUGUACCAAUUGUGAAAAAUCUUUCAAUCUAGAACCUCUUUUAAGACAUCAUGUUAAAACUGAACAUACAUUUCAAGAUUUUUAUAAUUACUGCAAGAAAUCAUUACUAGAAAUGAUGACACAGACGCCUACAAAAGAUUAUAUUUGUGAAUUUUGUAAUAAUACAUUCAACAGUUUACAUGAAUUGAAAGAUCAUUUGCUCUUUAUACAUGAGAAAUAUUACAAUCUUUCAACGUGCAAUGUAUGUUUUACUAAAUUUUCCACAAAUGAAACAUUAUUAGAGCAUCGUAAGUUCUGUUUACCUCCACCAGAUGUCAACGCUUGUGAACAUUGUGAUAGAUUAUUUACUGAUAUUGCCAGUUUAGAAUUUCAUAUGAAAAUUUUUCAUCCACAAGCUCAUUUAUCAUCAAGUAGCAAUGAUGAAUAUACAGAUCAGAGUUAUAAAUGCGAGUAUUGCGAUCGUGUUUAUAACAAUCAGAAAUCAUUGAACCAUCAUAUAAAAUUAAAACAUAAUAAAGAGCAAAGUUUCGAUUGUCAUUACUGUGGAAAAGUGUGCAGUAAUAAAUAUUACCUAACGUCACAUAUAAAAAUUGUACACAGUAAUAUAUCAUGCUCGAAAUGUGAUUAUUGUGACAAAUGGUUUAAAUCGAAAAGGAAUAUUAGAAGACAUAUUGAAUAUACACAUCUUGGUAUGCAACGACACAAAUGUAUCGAAUGUGAAACUCUAUUUAAAGAGAAAAGAAGUUUAAGGAAACAUGUUAGAAUUAAACAUCCGAAUUCAACAUUAUUCCCGCAAUGUCAUAUCUGCUAUAGAAGAUUUGAAUCUGCAAAAUCUUGUAAAGUACAUUUAAAAUUGAUACACUCUUUUAAUUUAUCAACACAUCCGUGUGGUUUGUGUUCAAUUUCCUUCAGUUCUAUAGAAGCGUUAAAAGAACAUUUGGAAACAAAUCAUUUAGCCGAAGAUGAAAUUUAUAAAUGCGAUGAAUGUAAUCUUUUAUUCAAAGGUCAAAAUAAAUUCGAUCAACAUAAAGAAAUCUAUCAUUCAAAUUUAAUAUGGAGUGGCAAACGUAAAUCUGUACCCCGUUGUGUUAUUUGUAUGAAAGAUUUCAGUUCGAGAAAAACUUUAAAACGACAUAUAAAGAAGUUUCAUAACGAAUUCGAUGUUGACGAUUUAGCUAAUUAUUCAUGGCUUGUUAAAAUAACUAAUGUAGAUUGCGAUGAAUGCAUUAAGAUAUUCACGGAUGAUUUAAAAAAUAUACACUAUGAUAAAUUGAAGGAAUCUUUAGAAACAAUUGUAUACAAAUGUGAUACAUGUUUAACAUCGUAUAAUAUGUUAGAAUACUCUGUAUUAAGACAUAAAUUAAAUAUAUCAUCUAGGGGUAAGAUGAUUUUGAGUGAAUUUUGUACAGCAGAGUUAAGUGAAGGUGAGGAUGAAUUGAACUUGUCACAAGAUAUGGAACCGGAGAGCACAACCGACUGACGUAAAGACUGAAAUUGUAUCUCCUUAGUUUGUAAUUAGAAUUAAUAUUACCUAAUUAUGCUUAACAAAAU